AAGAUCGAUCAACACAGAGGUCAGAGAGAAAGACCCGUUACCGCCUAAAAAUCAUUUUGUUUGUCUUGUAGCUUCGUAAGCCUUCUGAUCGUCUGUUCGCACAAAAGAAAUAGGUAAUGGAGAAGAUGGGUAAGAGGUUUCAAGGGAAGGUGGCGAUCGUUACGGCGUCGACACAAGGUAUUGGUUUCAGUAUUGCAGAGCGACUCGGCUUGGAAGGAGCAUCUGUCGUCAUCUCUUCUCGCAGACAGAAAAACGUAGAUGAGGCCGCUGAAAAGCUCAGAGCUCGAGGAAUUGAAGUGUUGGGUGUUGUUUGUCAUGUAUCGAAUGCCCAGCACAGGAAGCUGCUCAUAGAUCAAACUAUUCAGAAAUAUGGAAGAAUUGAUGUUGUUGUAUCCAAUGCUGCUGCCAAUCCCUCUGUUGAUGCUAUCUUGGAUACUCAAGAAUCUGCCCUUGAUAAGCUCUGGGAGAUCAAUGUCAAGGCUGCUAUACUUAUACUAAAGGAUGCCGCACCUCAUUUGCAAGAGGGAUCAUCAGUUGUUCUUAUUUCUUCUAUUGCUGGCUAUCAACCGCAGGGAUCAAUGGCCAUGUAUGGCGUGACCAAAACGGCUCUUUUUGGGCUUACCAAGGCUCUUGCAGCUGAGAUGGCCCCAAAUACUCGAGUCAAUUGUGUUGCUCCUGGAUUUGUACCUACACGUUUUGCUGAUUAUAUCACAAGUAAUGAAAUUAUUAGGAAAGCCAUCGAGGAGAGGACCUUACUUAACAGGCUUGGAACCACUGAAGACAUGGCUGCAGCUACAGCUUUCUUGGCAUCCUCUGAUGCUUCUUACAUAACAGGAGAAACUUUAGUGGUAGCUGGGGGAACGCCUUCAAGACUCUGAGUUUUCACUUGGCCUUUCCCUUUGUUUCUCUCCUCUUUUCUUAACAACACACUUAAGCUUCUGUUAGUAAGUAGCCGGUGUCCUUGCAGGAGAUUUAUGCAAUGCACUAUCUCAGCUCAAUA